AUGCUGCUUCGACCGGCUCUUACUACUGCUCCGAGCGUUGGUUGUAGUAGCACUUGUAGUACUAGAAGAAGAAGAAGAAGAAGAAGAACGCGAACACGAAGAACAAAAGCGACAAAAACGCAAAAUUCAUCAAACCAACAACAACAACAAGCGAAAACGGAAUCGUACUCGUUUUUCGGUUUAGCGCGAGCCGAGUUCCCUGAGAACUGGGACGAACCGAACAAAAAGAUCAAAUACGCGGACUCUCCUCUGGAUUUAUUCAUCAUGGGUUGGUUCAUGAGGAAAAUUAGCAUGGCUUUAGGUGCCCCUUUCGACGCUUCGAACAUCUCCUACGACGCGUUUAUUGCUUUGUGUUUUCUGCAAAUGAAAGGCAGAGAACCGGACGGACAGCGACAGAUAACCAUGGACGUUUUAACCUCGUUGAUGCCACCGGGAGGAGAGAAAGUGUUUCAAAAACUGUUCCCUCUGAACAAGUUUAGCUUAGAAUUGAACGCGAAAAUCUGUCAGAUUGUAUUCGCGUGGAUGGUUGGUCCGAUGACGGUGGAGACGACGACCGAAAACGACUUGAACGAACCCAUCGCGAGUAAAGUACAAAUCACAAAGUGCAGAUGGUUGCAAGAGUCUGGGUGCACCGGCAUGUGCGUGAACAUGUGCAAAACGACGACGCAGGAUUUCUUCACGGACACGUUCAACAUGCCGUUGACUAUUAAACCGAAUUUUGAGGACAAGUCGUGCGCUUUUUACUUUGGUCAAACGCCGCCGCCGAUUGAAAAAGACGAAGCGUUGUUGUUCGGGUGCAACCAGUCUUGCUCCACGGGUUUGAACGUAGGCGAAGAGAACGUGCCUUGCCACAAACUCAGAAAGCACGAGAGUUUAUUGUCGUCGUAG